AUUCUUGCAUUAUUGAAAGGAGGCUUCUUAUUUAUAUAUAACUAUUUAUCUACUUAGGUACGGGCUGCUAUUAAGGUGAAGGCCUCUGUCAUUAUUUGCUUCACUUCAUCUGGAAGGGCUGCGAGAUUGAUUGCAAAGUAUAGGCCAACAAUGCCAGUACUCUCUGUUGUGAUCCCACGACUCAAGACCAACCAGCUUAAGUGGAGCUUUAGUGGAGCUUUUGAGGCAAGGCAGUCCCUUAUUGUAAGAGGUCUCUUUCCGAUGCUUGCUGAUCCUCGACAUCCUGCGGAAUCAACAAGUGCAACAAAUGAAUCAAUCCUUAAGAUUGCUCUUGAUCAUGGAAAAGCAGCUGGAGUUAUAAAGUCGCAUGAUCGCGUGGUUGUUUGCCAAAAAGUGGGUGAUGCAUCUGUGGUGAAGAUUAUCGAGCUUGAAGAUUAAAAUUGCGUUUUCCCCGAACAGUUUUAGGGUUUUCCUUUAUUGGUCAAUUCCGAUAUUUUUGAAAGCAGGGAGAUCAUUCUGCUCACACUAAUAGGUUAUUUUCCUCUGGGUUGGGUGGCUAUAUAUACAGUUUGCGCAUGGGAAAGGAAUAUGAAUGCAAUUAUUACCGGCUGUCAAACAUAAAUUAUCAGAGGAACAUGCUUGCCAA